CCCCCUCCAGACCACCUAUACGGUUCCUACGAAGAAGCAUACAGCGCGCUUAGAGCGCACGGCAUACAACAUGGCUAUAGCUUAAUUCUCAAAAGAAGUUGGCCUCAUAACUCAGCUAUUAAAACACGUUACUACUACCACUGCGAUCACUUUAGAAAUAACUACCAGUCAACAGCAAAGGUUCUGAGCACAAGUACGCGGUCAACAGGAUGCCCUUUCAGGCUUGUUAUCUUCAGGAUAAAGCACAGCAAUCAAUGGAAGUUAGAAGUACAGAACAAGGACCACAACCAUUCCCAGUCAAUC